UGUGUGUAUAUAUAUGUAUAUAUAUAUACAUAUAUAUAUAUAAAUAUAUGGUGAUUUUAUAAUAUUCACGUUCAGUGACAGUUUUUAUGCGUGUUAAUUUUGUUAUCUCGAAUGAUUAUUCUAUGAAUGGGACUGGCACCACCUACUGAAUGCUCCGCUGUGAAGCACCUGCUGCUUAAUGUAAUGUUUCCCGGGUCUGCUGCGGUGCUACAGCCACUGUCAUUUAACGGUCAUUGUAUGAAUUCUGGGGAAGUUGUGUUCAAGUUUUGUAUUAAAACGUUGUGACUUGGGCGUCGGAACUCUGCUGAGUCACUUGAUUUGGACCGAGAGUGAAGACAGUGCGCACCAAACAGCGGCUUCAUUCAUUUUUAAUCUCCUGCUCUGAAUGGCGGGUGAACACGUUUUAAGUUAUUGAUGACUGAGACACCUGAUAUGUCCUGAAAUAUUAAUAAUAAUGAUAAUAAAGCCAAAUGAAGACUGUAUAACGCGUGUUAUCUGAACACGUCCGGUCCGAGUACACACAUUCAUGCUUGUGGUGAGAGGAUUCAGUUGAUUAAAGACAUUUUUAAUCAUCCCAUUUCAUGAAUACUGACUCUGUUCUAACCCGCUGUAAAAAAUGCAAGAAACUCCAUGUGCUUAUUGUGAUUUAUAACAAACAUGAACGUGAAUUUAUCUGAAAACUCAUGAAGAGUGUUGUGUGUCAAGUGCCGAUCAGUUUCCUCCAGGGCAAUUUGACACCUGAGUCACCUGAGUGACCCAGUGGCUGGAUACUGUCUCACACACACACACACACACACACACACUGAGAUCCCAGUCUGCCACCACCAGUGUGGAGUUCACAGGAGACGAGGAUGACGUUCAUCGCCAAGACCUUCUACGACCUGAAGGCCACCAGGCUGGAGGGCGACGUGGUGGACUUCAACGUGUUCCGGGGACGCGUGGUCCUCAUCGAGAACGUGGCGUCUCUCUGAGGCACCACCACCCGGGACUUCAGCGAGCUCAACCAGCUGCAGAGCAAGUACCCACAUCGCCUUGUGGUCCUGGGUUUCCCCUGUAACCAGUUUGGAUUUCAGGAGAACUGCUCCAACGGCGAGAUCCUGAGUUCACUGCAGCACGUGCGUCCCGGCGGCGGCUUCAAGCCCAACUUCACCGUCUUCGAGAAGUGCGACGUCAACGGGGCAAACACACACCCGGUCUUCGCCUAUCUGAAAGACAAGCUCCCCUAUCCGGAUGACGACCCCAACUCCCUCAUGCUGGACCCCAAAUUCCUGGUCUGGAGCCCCGUCUGCCGCACGGACGUGUCUUGGAACUUUGAGAAGUUUGUCAUCGGUCCAGAGGGCGAGCCGUUCAAAAGAUACAGCAAGAAGUUCCCCACCGUUGACAUUGAGCCUGACAUUCAAAGACUGUUAAGAUUAACUAAGACCUAGUUUCUUAGUAGAUUAUCAAUCAUGAAAGUCAGGUGCUGAGACGCCGUCCUCCACACUUUUAAGUCUUAUUAAAUGAGGGUGAUAUUCUUAAAAAAAACACUGAGGGAAUAUUAUCUGAGGCCUUGUAAGUGCUUAACAGUAGUGGAUGCAUGGAUGUGUCAUAUUUUGUGGAAACAUGAUUAUCAGUGAAAGUGAAAGAGCAGUAUUUCCUGUAGCAUGCUUUGGUUCCUUGUCCUAUUCUGUGGCCUGUCCAGCAGAUGGUGCUACUGAUCUGAUUACACAUUCAAACAAAUGUGUUACUAUGCAUUUAAAACAUUAAAAAA